AUUCAUAGGGAAAUUAUUGGCACAUUCUGCGCUUCUGAGUGUGCAGGGAUUCUGUAGCUGGUAGCUCUUUUGUUUUGGAAAAACUGGAAAAGCUCAAAAUGACGCAGAGGAAUGGCAGUGUCAUCGUGGUGACAACCACCUGCUCCUCAUAAAGUGUAGAGAAGCCUUGAGCGUCACACUGUUUGCUCUCUGGAUCACUGGUGCACAGCAGGUGUUAGCAGUCUGAUGGAGGACCGUGAGCCGCUGCUGGCUGCGAGGUCAGAGGAGAGCAGGACAAAUGGCCACGUCGCAUGGAGCACUCACACUCUGGAGUCCAAGGCUGUGGAGGAUUUCAGACGGAGGCUUAAAUACUUCUUUAUGAACCCCUGUGAGAAGUACAAGGCCAGGGGUCGGAAACCAUGGAAACUGAUGCUACAGAUCUUAAAAAUCGCCAUCAUCACAGUGCAGUUGGUCUCUUUUGGCCUGAGCAACCAAAUGAUGGUCACCUUCAAAGAUGAAAACCUGAUGACAUUUAGACAUCUGUUUCUCAAAGAAUACAAGGAUCCCCGACUGGGAAGCUAUGCACUUUACACUAAAGCAGACGUGUACGAUCACAUCUACUACAUUAUCAACAGGUACACCAGCCUCCAAAACCUGUCUGUAGGUAACCUUGCCUAUGAGAGUGUUGACGGCAAGUACAGUCCUCUGUCUGUCUGUCAAGUGUUUUAUAGAAACAGCAGCAUUGAUCCUGGAAAUGACACCUUUGACAUUGAUCCACAUAUUGAAACAGAUUGUAUGUCUAUUUACCCUAAACAGUCACUGGACAACAACAGCUUGGCAGCACAUGUCAACUUCUCUUUAGAUUUCAAAAGGCUGCUAUCAGUGAACAUCUACCUGAAUCUGAAAACCAUCAAUCUGCAGACUGUGCGGCACCACGAGCUGCCAGACUGUUAUGACUUCCAUAUAAUGAUAGUAUUUGACAAUCGCGCACACAGCGGGAAGAUAAAGGUUGACAUUGAAAAUGAUGUUAGGAUUUAUGAAUGCAGAGACUGGAACGUGGAAGGCACAUCUGGGAAGAACAAUUAUCUUCUCCUGUUGUUUGAUUCUGUGGUCAUCCUGGCCUGUCUCACCUCUCUGAUCCUCUGCACACGAUCCGUCAUCAACGGCAUCCAACUCCAGUUUGAGUUCAACGUAUUCUUUCAUGCCUACUACAAUAAAAUUGUGACAUGGUCAGACCGCAUGGAGUUUGUGAAUGGCUGGUAUAUUCUUAUCAUUGUGAGUGAUACACUGACCAUUGCUGGAUCAGUGUUGAAAAUCGGAAUACAAGCAAAGUUCCAGACGAACUAUGACGUCUGUAGCAUCUUACUGGGAACAGCCACUAUGCUUGUCUGGGUCGGUGUGAUUCGUUACCUUGGUUUCUUCAAGAAAUACAACCUUUUAAUCUUAACCCUCAGGGCAGCAUUGCCAAACGUCUUCCGAUUCUGCUGUUGUGCCACCAUGAUCUACCUCGGGUACUGUUUCUGUGGCUGGAUCGUCCUUGGGCCUUACCAUGACAAAUUCCGAACCUUUGACAAGGUGACAGAGUGCCUGUUCUCUCUCAUCAACGGGGACGACAUGUACGCCACCUUCCUGCAGAUGAGAGACAAGACCUACAUGGUGUGGCUGUUCAGCAGACUCUACCUCUACUCCUUCAUCUCCCUCUUCAUCUACAUGGUGCUCAGCCUGUUCAUUGCUGUCAUCACCGACACCUACGAAACCAUCAAGCAUCACCAGCAAGACAAGGAGCCGUUUUCCCAGCUUCAAGCCUUCAUAGCAGAGUGCAGGGACCAGCCUGAAUCUGGGAGAUACCAGACUGAUGACGAUCCGUCGACCUGCUGCUUAUCUCCAUGUGGCUGCUUUGGAUAACUCGAGAGGAUGUAGUGUCUAUUUGUUCCUAACUGAGCAAAGACUUGGCACCAUGAGACUGCAAAAUGCUCCACAGAGUCCUGAUAGUCUGUGUGGAGCUUUGAUUAUGUGAAUGACUUUUAAGAAUGCUAGAAUAUCGACUUACUGAGAUAGAAGUACUUCUACUGCACUUUUACUCAACUUGCUGAAAUGUAAAUUGUCAAACUUUCUUUGUUAAGACUGCUUAAAGCACUGAAUGAUCACACCACCACCAUGCACCAUUCUAUCUUUAAUACUUAGAGUAUAAAUAUACGAAUCAAUUUUGCUUUAGUUCAGUGAUGCAUUCAAAAGCAGUGGGCAGCUUUUCUUUCAAAGAAAGAAACAUUAACAGGGAAAAAAGAUCUUCUGAGCUGCCAAUGUUGAAAUUUCCUCCUGACUGCAUUAUAACAACAUAACUAGGCCUUUUGAUUUUACAAGCACUUGAUUGCAAGAUUUCAUUUAAAAUCUAUGUAAGUCAAAGUCAGUUCACUGAAAUGUGACCAAGAAUGCAGCACAGCAUAAAAAAACAUCAUUAAGUGUGACUUAUUUCUAUUCCUUGGGUUUAUUCUUAAAGAUUCUUCCUAAGCAAUUUUUGAUUUUUCAUCAAAACAUGCAGCUCGAUCAGAAAUGUUGUGCUGUGACUUUUGGUAAGGCAUCGUCAUACAGUUUUAACCAAACGAAAAAAUGUAAAAUUGAAACACUUUCUUUUACGUUCUUCAUAUACAUAAUUUGCUGGUCAAAUAAUAGUAAAUAUCUGUAAAAUAGAAAUUGACUGAUUUAAGUAAAUAGCGUAAUUUUAUGGCCAAAUGUAAAUGAACCAAUCUGUAAAACUACAGAUUUUUGAUAUCCUUUAAAUGCAUUUUUCUCUCUACAAUUUUACCAGUUUGUAAUUUACCAAAACAUAGACAAUCCAGACAAUAGACAAAAUAAUCCCAGUGAAAAUAACCAUUAGUUGCAGUUCUAGACUUGACUGUAAUUGUAAAUAAGGCUGUUAAUAGUAGAGAACAACAUACUGCUUACACACAAUAAUGUCCAAUAUUAUCAUAUUUAAUGAUAUAUCCAUAACAUGCCAUUUUAUAUUAUAAUAUGUGCUUGUAUUUUUGAUAUUUUAAGUACUUUUAAUAAUAUUUCACUUGCACAUGCAGGCCUUUAACUAUUACUGGAAUAUUUAAAUGAGAGUAAUGGUUCUUUUGUGUCACUAAAGGAUCUGAAUGCUUUUUACACCACUUCUAAAUGCAUCUUUCUUAUACAGUAAGAAAGGAACCAAUCAGGGUUCGUGACGUAUGCUUUUCAAAACACAAAUACUUCAAUACUUCAUGUAUAAUUAUAGCGGUAUGUCUCAACUGGUAGAAUCUGCACUGACACACUCAGAAUUUCUUCAGAAAUUUUAUAGUUGUAAUUGCAUUUCAUCUUGUGCUGCAAUCAUCUUCCUCAGCUGUAUAUCACCAUUUAAAAACUACAUGGAUUAGUUUGUGUAUUUUGUGUUGAUUAUGUUGGGUUUGAAUUUAAUAUUGGGAACUGUUUAUUUAGUACAUGUACACCAACCACUAUGGAAAACAGGAGUAUGUAUCCUACUAGAGAUGUGACGUUCGCGAAUGAGUCAGUCGGUUGAACGACUCUUUUAAGUGAACGAUGAGAACCGGUUCACAGUUGUGAGCUGAUUGUAUAUGCAAAUUGCCCACACGUGUCAUCUGUGUGCGCCAUGAGUUUGAGUUGUCCACGGCACGCUUCAUUCACAGGAAUGCAGCUACAUAUGUGCAGCUAACUUAGAGGAGGAGGAGGAGGAGGAGUGUUAGCGUCACCCGAGUCCAACUGGCUUUAUAUUUUUAAGAUACAUUUUAUUCUUAUUUAUU